AUGGCGCGAGUAUUCACCUUAUCCAUCAACAUGCGGCUGCGGCAAGAAGACAAGGACUUCGCAAAAAGGAUUCUACAAGUCGGUGAUGGGGAAGCUGACACCUUGGCGUCCAAUAAACCAAAACAUAAGGAAGGGAAUCAGAUUAUUGUGGAUAAAAGAUUCUUGAUCUCUCGCUCAGAUACACCACACGAAGCUUUGGCGCAUGCUGCAUAUCCUAACUUCCUCCAAAACUACCGGGAUAAGGACUACCUAAAAGAGAGAGCCGUGCUGACACCUACCAAUAAUACCGUACAUGAAGUGAACGCUUAUCUCCUCUCUAAGAUCCCAUCACAGGCUAGAGAAUAUUUGAGUUCUGAUUCAGUGGAGUUAGAAGCUACGCCAGACGAUGAUUGGACCACCCACUACCCGCCAGAGUACCUCAAUUCACUAGAGUUUUCGGGCCUCCCAAACCACAGAUUGUGCCUCAAAGUUGGAGCUCCGAUGAUGAUGCUGCGCAAUCUUAACCAGGAUCAAGGUUUGUGUAAUGGUACAAGAAUGGUGGUUACUCGCCUAGGUAACAGGGUUGUUAAGGCGAGAAUCAUGACUGGAACAGAUGUUGGAGAAGAAGUUUUGAUCCCUAGGAUACAACUUAGUCCCACCGAUACCAUGCAUCCAUUCACCUUUAACCGAAGACAAUUCCCGAUCAGACUGUGCUAUGCCAUGACGAUCAACAAGAGCCAGGGUCAAAGCAUGAACCAAGUUGCUUUAUAUCUUCCUCGCCCUGUUUUUACUCAUGGUCAGUUGUACGUUGCCAUGUCUCGAGUAACAACUCCGAAUGGGCUUAAGAUUUUAGACGAGACUUCCAAUAUGAACGGUGAAGAUGGAGUUACUAAUAUUGUAUACAAAGAAAUCUUUAAGGACGUCCAAGUGACCGAGUGUGCAUUGACUAAUUGUCGUUAUUUUCAUUGCAUAUUGGUACGACCCAUUCCUCUCAGUGAUCGGAGAAACACGGCGUAA